ACAAGAACAGACCUAAGUUUACUUCCAACAAUGGAUAAAUCGUUAGCUUUCGUUGCCUUAUUCGUAAUUUCCGCGGCCGUUGUUAUUGCUCAAACAUGUGGUCCAAAUCAAGUAUAUAAUAGUUGCGGAUCUGCUUGCCCAGCUUACUGUAAUCAAGAACCUGGCCCUUGUACUCUGAAUUGCGUCGCCGGUUGUUUCUGUGAUGAGGCUAAUAACUUUACCAAAAGAGCAAUAGAUGCGGAGAAUGACGAUUGUAUCCAACAAUCUGCAUGUCCUACUUGUCCUGGUGCCAACGAAAUAUAUAAAGUGUGUGGAACUCGCUGUCAAGAUUAUUGUGGCAAACCAGAAGGUAUGGUGUGUCCAGCAAUUUGUCAAGAAGGUUGUUUUUGUAAAGACGGCUUCAUACGUGCAAACGACAAUGUCACGGUUGGAUGUAUCCCGGUGGAAGAGUGCCCUUAAUUCUCUUAGUAUCUUGUAUUUUUUUGGCAAAUUA